GAGAUGCGUUUCAGAAAGUACAGGAUGUUGUAUUGCAGGUUUUUAUCUUGACCUUGUUCGCAGACAUGAAUGUGUUGUUUUGUGGGUGCGAACUGAAGAUGUGUUUGCCCUACAGACGUGAAGAUGAAACGAACAUGAUCAGCAGCACCAAUGGCGCCUCUAAACGUGAGCGGAGGAGGGCGAGGGUGCCAGAAACUUUUCACCUUCUGUCCGCCGUCGUCGUCUGGCUGGUGACUGGGACCACCAUAUCCAGCCUGAACAAAUGGAUCUUCGCCGUCUACAACUUUAGAUACCCGCUACUCCUGUCGGCCCUGCACAUGCUGACAGCCAUCGUGGUGGACUAUGGGCUGAUCAAGUACUGGUUCGUCCGCCGCAGAGGGCUUGAUGAACACGGCCUGACGUCCAGCGCCAAGUGCAAGGUGUUUCUGCUGAGCCUGACCUUCUGUGCCAGCAUAGCGUUCGGAAACGUGGGGCUCAAUUAUGUCCAGCUUUCCUUCGCCCAGAUGAUCUACACCACCACCCCCAUCUUCACGCUGGCCAUAUCGUCACUGGUCCUCGGGAAGCAGCACCACAUCCUCAAGUAUACGGCCAUGAUGCCCAUUUGCCUCGGGGCGUCGUUCAGCAUUAUGGGCGAGGUCCAGUUCGACCAGACUGGUUGCUUGUUCGUUUUUGCUGCCACCAUGUUACGAGGCGUGAAAAGCAUCCAACAAAGUAUCUUGCUCCAGGAGGAGAAGAUCCACUCAGUUUUCCUGCUCUACCUGAUGGCCAUCCCCAGCUUCUGCAUCCUGGCCGUGGCCGCCCUGGUGCUGGAGAACUGGGCCGGCCUGCAGUCUCCUGUGCACUACGACCGUCACCUCUGGGGCUUCAUCCUGCUCAGCUGCUUGGGCUCAGUGCUCUACAACCUGGCCAGCUGCUGCGUCAUCAGCCUUACCUCUGCCGUUACCCUGCACAUCCUGGGCAACCUCAACGUGGUGGGCAAUCUGCUGCUGUCCCAGCUACUGUUCGAGAGCCAGCUGUCAGCCCUGAGCUGCGCUGGAGCCGCUCUGACCCUUUCUGGCAUGAUCAUCUACCAAAACUCUGAGUUCAUUGCUGGGCUUCUGGACGCCCGUUGGGCCAGAGCUGCAGUGGCCAGCCGGGAGAGGAAAACCAGCACUAGAGAGGCAGAACCGGAUUCAGGAUCAACUUCCAAAACAUCUUCAGAUAUGGAACCACCUCUGAAUCAGUCUUUAGAGCUGUCUUCAGAAGAGUGCCACUCUGAAGAACCAUGGGCAGAACUGUACAAUGACCUAGAACCGUACCUUGAUCUUGAGCCAUCUCCAGAAACCUCUCCAAUACUCUCCCCUGACCUAGAACCAUCUCCAGAAGCAUCUCCUUCACUGUAUCAAGAUCUAGAGCCAUCUCCUCCAAUACUCUCCUCUGACCUAGAACUGUCUCCAGAAGCAUCUCCAAAAUUGUAUCACGACCUAGAGCCGUCUUCAGAAAUAUCUCAAAAAUUGUGUGACAAUCUAGUGCCAUGUCCAGAAACAUCUCCAACACUGCACAAUGACCUAAAACCGUCCCCAGAACUGUAUCAUAAUCUAGAAACAUCUCCAGAACUGCACCAAGACCAAGAAACAUGUGCAGGAACAUCUCCAAAACUGCACAAUGUCUUAGAACUCUCUCUAGAAACAUCUCCAGAAUUGUAUCAUAAACCAGAAUCCUCUCCAGAAGUGCAUCAAGACCUCAAACCAUGUCUAGAAACAUCUGCAGAAGUGCACCAAGACCUAAAACCAUGUACAGAAACACCAACAGGACUGUACAGUGACCUAGAGUUAUUGCCAGAAACAUCUCCAGAAGUGUAUCAUGAAUCAGAAACAUCUUCAGAAGUGUAUCAUGAAUCAGAAACAUCUUCAGAAGUUCACCAAGGCCUAGAAUCAUGUCCAGAAACAUCUUCAGAACUGCAUGAUGAUCUACAACCCUGUCACAGAACAUCUCCAGAAGUGCACCAAGACCUAGAACCAUGUUCAGAAACCGUACCAUCUUCAGAACUGUACCAUGACCUUCCAGAAGCAUCUCCAGGACUGUUCAAUGACCUAGGACCAGCUCCAAAACCAUCUCCAGAACUGCAUGAAGACCUGGAACCAUGCCCAGAAACAUCUCCAGAACUGCUCCAAGACUUAGAACUAUGUCCAGAAACAUCUUCAGAACUGCUUGAUGACCGUCCAGAAACAUCUCCAGAACUGCACCAUGAACUACAACCCUGUCACAAAACAGUUCCAGAAGUGCACCAAGACCUAGAACCAUGUUCAUAAACAUCUUCAGAACUGUACCAUGACCUUCCAGAAGCAUCUCCAGGACUGUACGAUGACCUAGGACCAUCUCCAAAACCAUCUCCAGAACUGCAUGAAGACCUAGAACUAUGUCCAGAAACAUCUUCAGAACUGCUAGAUAACCAUCCAGAAACAUCUCCAGCAUGGUACAGUGACCUAGGACUAUGUCCAGGGCCAUCUCAAGAAACAUGCGAUGACCUCAUAAUGGAAACAUUUCCAGAACCUCCAGAGCUUUCUCCAGAACCAGCCCUCCAAGCUGACAUGUGGACAGAGAAGCAAGCACAUAAGAAAAUGGACUGAAGUGUGAAAGAGUGUGGACUGGUGACUCGGGGAGCUGUGGUCAGUACUAAUGUGGAAUUGGCACCACAUGAUCUGAAGGUUCGAAUGGGUCUGACGGACUUUCACUCAAGUCACUCAUGGUACCUCCUCACUGUGCCAACGUGUGUAAUUUCAGUCAUGGCCAAGCGCACAAGAACUGUGUCUGACUUUAACAUAUGCCUUCUGAAAGCAGCGGUUUCCUCCGUUUUCGUCCUUUUCUUUGCUUGUUUGUUCUUAAAUGACCUCCAUUUCUCUGGCUUACAGGCCGAUACGCACUCACACACACUGCACACGACGCAGUGGGACUGUGUGAAGUUUCUCUGCACCAUCUAGAUGACUGUCAUCUCCACUGUGAAUUAACCAGCAGCCAAAGCGGCUGCGCACUUAUGGAUAUAUAAACUGUUGGCAGACUGUCCAAGCACUUUUUGGAACACUUCUCUUCACUCUCCACCCACAGAGAAGGCAGGAGUAGUGUUUAAAAAACAGGAUAUAUUUAAGCUACUGAUCUUCUUCUUGUCCCCAGUCUGGGUGGGGCUUUUUACAGGCAGCUUUUCUGUGUGGAUUUCAGAUGUGCUGCAUUUGUUGCCUUUUGUUGUUGUUGUUGUUGUUGUUGUUGUUUGUUUUGUUUUGGUUUUUUUUGUCUAGUUUACGUUUACAUAAAUUAUUUCAGAAGCCCAUUUCCACCAGGCAUAGGAAGAAAAAAUAUAUUAUUGACUUAAUAUCUUAUAAUAAUGAUUCCUUGUCUUAAAAUAUUGACAAAGUAUCUCGUAUCUCUUAUUUUCUCUGGAUAUUGACUCAAAAUAAUAUCUCAAAAUAUUGACUUAGUUUCUUAAAACAAUGACUUAGAAUCUCGAAAUAAUGACUUAGUAUCUCCUAAUAAUGACUUAUUUUCUCAGGAUAUUGACUUGGUAUCUCAAAAUAUUGACUCACUGUUUCAAAAUAAUGACUUAUUUACUUAUCUUAAAAUGACAGCUUGCUUUCUUGAAAUAUUGACUCAAAAUAUUGACUUUUUAUUGUGACUUUUCUCAUUUAGCAUCUUGAAAUAAUAAACUUAAUUUCUCAGAAUAUGGAUUUACUAGAUAAAAAUAAAGGUUAUUUUCUCAAAAUAGAUUUAUUUCCUCAAAAUGUUGACUUACUGUCUCAAAGUAAGGUGUCUAUAUAGCACCCAAAAGGAUUCUGCUAUUGUUAUGAUGUCAUCUUUUAAUAAUUGAAGAACCUAUUUGGGUGCUAUAUAGAACCCUUUUUUUAAAGAGGCUCUGU